AUGCGGCAAGCGGUUGGUAUAACCUCCCACGAUGAGGCCGCCAUGAAUGUCAACUCCGCUCACGCAAUCGCCGAUAUCUCAUCUGUGGGGCGGAGACGAUCCCAGAGGGCCUGUAAAAUGUGUUAUCGGAGGAAGACCAAGUGUGAGCUGGACGGAGUGAGCUCGGUCUGUGUCCAGUGCGUGCGUUGCAGCACGCCAUGCGUUUUCAAUGCCCGGGACAUGCGCGAGAAAGAUGAUGACAGUGAUAUGCAACAAGACCAAUAUGUGGCGUCCUUGAAGGACCGUCUAGAGAAGGUUGAAUCCCUGCUUAAGGCAGCGGGCAUCUUGCACGAGGGGGUCCAGGGCGAUCUGUACGAUGAGCAGGAUGAGCUUCCAGACGAGGAAUGGGAGACGGCUCACGAGCGCGCCCAGUCAUUAGGGAAAUCCUCGAUCAAUUCAUCCGUAUCUCACUCUUCGUCAGAUCGAGAGAGGGAUUUUUUCCCAGAAAGUGGGGAUGUUGAAAUUGCUCCCAUCUUCAAGAGCCAUGAAAGAGAUGACUCGAGAUAUUUUGGCCGAUCCUGUUCACUAUCAAUCUUAUCACGAGGUGGGAUCGAAUGGAUUAAAAGCAAGACAGGCGAUGUCAGUUUCCUUAGCCUUCUAUCCCGGGACUCAAUCCAUGACAGCCCGUGGAACCAAUGGCGCCCCGAUGUCUUUCAUGAUCUCUUCGCCUCCCGGGUCUACAAGCCACUACCCCCCAGGUCAGAAGUAUUUUCUCUUAUCAAGGACUUUUUCAGAACAGCCAACCGGCUAUUCCCAAUUUACCAUGAGGCUUCUUUCAUGGAGAUGGUGGAAUGGCAAUAUACACAGCAAACCUGUGAUGAUGCCGCUAGAUGGGCCAGUAUCAAUAUGACGAUCUGUUUGGCCUACGAAUAUCGGUUCUCAAACAGUUCGAAGCCAGAGAAAGAUCGCGAAAAAGCACGGUUUUACUUCAAAAAUGCCAUGUCGGUAUUCACGGAGUUAGCUCUACGACGUACCGAUCUUUUGAGCGUACAGGCGCUUCUUAGCAUGGCAUUUUUCCUCCGGGGAAAUUCUGGCACUCAAUCAGCUUUGCCAUUCAUAACGGCUGCUAUGAGGUCAUGUCAGCGAAUGGGUCUCCAUCGUGAUAUACAGCGACCUGAUCUGAGUCCUGUUGAGCGGGAGCAAAGACGGCGUGUGUUUUGGGUUGCAUUUACUGUUGAUCAAAGCACUUGUUUGCGUGCCGGCAGCGCUCCCUCUCAGCACCCUGAUGACUUUGACGUCCCUCUGCCAGAGGACCUUGAGGAUAAUAAUGACCCAGACCAGUUGAGCAAUAUCCCGUUCUUCCGCCAGCUUUGUCGUAUGUCGGUGAUCAAGAGCCGGAUAUUUUGCCGUCUUUAUUCCGCCAAGGCCUUGCUCAAGCCUCCACGUGAAAUCUUUCGGGUAGUGAAAGAGUUAAACGCCGAGCUUGAGGAGUGGAAAAAGGACUAUCCUUUUGAUGAGGUACCCAAACAGAAGGUUGCAGAAAAGGACUUCUUGUUCGGAUUCGCGUCUGUCGGUCUUCAUUUCGUCUAUUAUAAUGCCCAGAUUAUGAUUCACCGGAUCCCUCUCUUAUUAGACUACCUAAUGCCUUUCAAGGAUGAACCAGAGGAGCUUGUUAGGCUCAGCAAAGCACAGGCUGCGAGCUCAGCAUUGGUCUGCGUGAAAGCUGCGCGGAAUACACUGAAGCUGGUGAACAAUAUGCCGUGGGGGGAUAUUGCAUGGAUUUGGUCCUUGUUGUAUUACGUUUUUCUUGCCGCAGCAACGAUUUUCUCAGGUAUCCUUCGGAAUAUCCGCAACCCGGAUGUGCACAAAGAUCUCCAAUCUCUCAAUAUGGCUGCGACCUUCUUCGCAACUCUUGUGCCCGGUGAUGGACCGGCUAAUUAUGCCGGGUUCAUGACUCGAAUGAGUGCCAAUCUCGAACGUAUUGCCAGGAUGGCAGUGGAAAAGAGUGAAAAACGGGCUCGAAGUCCCGAUGAUGGGGAACAAGACUACCAUCAAUCAAAUACAAAAAGACAUCACCGAAAAGCCUCAACAGCCAACCGCGCAAGGUCAUCACGUCACCAAUCCUCCGCACUGCGAUCAUCUAAGACUACCGACUCUACAGGCCCUAAUCAGCAUUUACACACAACCGCCCCUUCCGCAACGACCUCGUCGACUGCUAAUAACCCCCAGAGGAUAAACAUCGGCAUCCCGGAAUUCAUUGAGGGACUUCCACCCAUCAACUCCUCUGGCUAUGUCGUCCCCAUGAGCCCAGUCGACACUGGCGAUUAUCCUUCAUCGACACUAUACACUCAACAACCCCCGACUAUAACACCAAACUACCCAAUGGGCCUCGGUCUCCGCAACAUCGAUAGCUCCAACACCACCAACGACUUCGCGCCCAACACCCUCCCAUCCUGGCAUUUUGCACAAGACGCCAGAACCCACGCCGCCUCGUCCCUCGACAACACGCAAUCACCUUUCUCGCAGAACAGCGGCAGCACUCCCACCGGCACCAUGUUCCCGGACUCGUGGCAGGUCCCACUCACCGCGGACUGGCAUUUCGGCGACAACCUCUGGGCCGGCCUCAUCCCGUCCGAAAGCAUAGCUGCCAGCGCAAGCCAACCCAACGUCUCAUUGCCUAUCCUCAACGCCGAGUCCUUUCUCGAGGUCCCCGCCGGCACUGGAAACGACCCGCAACCAUCUUACCCGCCCGCCGAGGUGGAGUAUGGGAAUAGUUUUGUGCCAGGUCCGGGGCCACAAGACCAGAGUCAGGAUUCGGCGGAGUCAAUUUGGCCGAAUGGCUUUCUGGGUCUCUUCUAG